AUGCCUUCCUUCAACACCAAGUCCAUCGUCCAGGAGACGAAGAACAAGCCCGCCGAAAUGGCCGUUGACGUCGAGUCCGACCCUGGAGUCUGCCCCGAUGCUCCCAAGCUCAGCAAUGCCGUGCUCAGCCACGCCAUCCCUUACCACAAGAACGAGCCCAGCAGCAAGAACGCUGUCAAGGAGUCCAGCGACGCCAGCGCCGACAUUUCCAUCACUCGCAAGCCCACCAGCCAGCCCCUCGGCCCUUCGGACCCCACCGCUGGCCUGACCGGCGCCGACCUCACCCACCUCCUCCACCCGGGCAUCGCGAACGUCAGCGCCAUGACGCCCGCCACCCUGUCCGUCCGCCUACCGGUCCUCACCCUCCUCUCCAACCCGAACACCUCGGUCCACACGCUCCACCGCGCCCUGCUCACCGCCCACCUCCGCACCAACCCGCUCCUGCUCCUGCCUCCUGCUCCCGAUGACGUCAACGACAACGGCAACGGCUCCAUCCACCUCGCCGCCAACUACGCCGCCGCCGGCCUGUCCGCCUUCACCCAGAAGGCCGCCGCCGACGGCCCCGACACGCCGUUCUCGUCCACCCCGCUGCACCCGGACGACCUGCACUGCGUGCGCCGCUUCACGCUGCUGGUUCCCACGCACAAGGGAUACUUUGGAGACCACGUCGUCAAGAGGGAGCAGAUGUCGGCGUUUUUGUUCUCCGGCGCCGUCCGUGGUGUCGGUCUCGGCAUCGGUUGUUGUGUCGGUGAUGAUGCCGUCGCUCCCGGCGGUCCCGACUCCGGCCCCGGCACGGCAGACGAUCCCCUCGUCCUCGAGCACCGCUGGUUCCUCGCGCAGACGGGGAAAGAGAAGGGAGAGAGGGAGGUCUGGCGGGGAAUCGUGAGAAGGGCCGUCCGGACCCUGAUGGCCGGGAUGGCGAAGGCGCUUUUCGCGGAGGGAGGGGAGGGAGAAGAGGCGAGGGAGCAUCUCCUGGGAGAGGUCGUCUUCCAGGAGUGGUGCGAUGGCUGGGGAGAGAAGUGCGGUGCGGACGUGCGCCUCGUGAGGGAGGUAAGGGCCGUCAUUGCGGAGAUGGAGGACUGCUAUGGCAGUGUCCUCCGGGGAAGGCUCCGCGUUGCGGAGGGGACGGAGGGGGGAGAUUGGGGUGAGGUGGUGGAGGAGGAGGAGAUGGAGGAGGGCUGGGAGGAGAUGGAGGUGGUGGAGGUUGCGGAGGUUGCGGAGAUGGAGGGUUGA